AAAUUCUGACCCUCGAGUCAGUCGUUCUCGUAGAGCACUUGUUGCGAACCGGUUAGCUCUCCGCCUAGUUCCAUAGCCGGACGGCCAAAAUGACCGCCGCCAUGGGACCUCCACCUCCUCAGAACGGUGAUCCUGCAACCGCAUCGACUUCAGGGAACGAAUCUCAACCUCUAACCGUCGAUGGGCAAGACUCAAAUUCUCCUGCUGAAUCGCGAAGCACAAUGGGUCCGCCAGCCCCCCGCAAGAACCCUAAUCCUGCCGAGGAGGUACCUCAAUCCGAAGACAGGGUCAGUUCUGAUGCAACAAAGGUUUCUGAACAAGCCCAGAAGCAACCUUUUGCCGUGCCCUAUACCAUUCCCGAGUGGAGUGGUCCGCCUUGCCAUAAGUUCCAGUUGGAGGUUCUUAAAGAUGGCACCAUUGUUGACCAAUUCGAUGUCUGUGAGAAGGGAGCUUACAUGUUUGGACGUGUUGAUCUCUGUGACUUUGUUCUUGAGCAUCCAACUAUCUCCCGCUUUCAUGCAGUUUUGCAGUUCAAAAGGAGUGGAGAUGCGUACCUCUAUGAUGUAGGGAGCACCCACGGUACUUUUAUUAACAAGAGUCAGGUGGAGAAAAGAGUUCAUGUUGCUUUACGCGUAGGUGAUGUCAUUCGCUUUGGCCAGUCGUCUCGAUUGUACAUUUUUCAAGGCCCACAGGACCUGAUGCCACCGGAAGCUAACCGCAAAGUCCUUAGAAAUGCUCGGGCCCACCAAGAUAUGCUAGAUCGAGAAGCUUCAGUUCACCGAGCGAGAAUGGAAGCAUCUCUUGCUGAUGGUAUCUCCUGGGGCAUGGAUGAAGAUGCUAUUGAAGAAGCUGAGGAUGAUACUGAUGAAGUAACUUGGCAAACCUACAAAGGACAGCUCACAGAAAAGCAAGCUAAGACCCAUGAUAAAGUCAUAAAACGAAAUGAAAAGAUUGCACAUAUGAAGAAAGAAAUAGACGCUAUUCGUGCCAAAGAUAUUGGUCAAGGUGGGUUGACGCAAGGUCAGCAAACACAGAUUGCUCGCAAUGAAUUAAGAAUUACUCAGCUAAUGGAGGAGCUGGAAAGCUUAGAGGAGACUUUAAAUGAAAGUAUCCGUGAAAGCCUUGGUGCUCGUUCGGGAGGGAUUUACCGUGGCAAAAAAGGAACAGAAGAGGAUGAACUAUACUCCAGUGAUGAUGAUGAUUUCUAUGACCGGACAAAGAAGCCUCUAACAAAAAAGGCUGGGGAAACUCAAUCUGUUGAGACUGCUGAUAGCUUGCUUGAUAAGCGAGAUACCAUCAUGAAAGACAUGGAAGAGAUAAGAGACUCUAUUCUUCAAGAAAAAAAUAAAAUCACAUCUGAAAGUGGUGGACAAACUGAAGCUGCAGACGAACUUGAUGCUUACAUGUCCGGACUAUCAUCUCAGCUAGUGCUUGACAAGACUCAAAAACUUGAGAAGGAGCUAGCAGGCCUUAAGUCUGAACUAGAUAGAGUCAUGUACCUACUGAAGCUUUCUGACCCUUCGGGUGAGGCUGCUAAGAAAAGGGACUUGAAUAAGACACAGGGGAAAGCAGCACCCGUUAAAACAGAAAUAUCGCCUGCCUCGACUGAAACCAGCCCUACUAUGGAGGUGAACAAACAUAGCAAGUCAGAGAAGGCAAUCAUUCGACCAGCUGCUAAAGCCAAAGAUGGCAACGCUGCUCCACUCAAAGAAUCAAACACCAAAGAAGAAGCUGCUGACAAGAUUGCUGUUCAUGCGCCUGUGGGGACAGGGACAGCAACUCCCUAUGCUGUUGUGAAACCCCAAUGGCUUGGUGCUGUGAAUGACCAGAAAGUGAAAGAGACCAAGGAAGAAGUCAUCAAUGUGGAUGAACCUAGUCAGUUUGUAGAUUACAAAGAUAGGCAAAAAAUCUUGCAGAAUGUUGGCGACAGUGCUCCUGAUAGUAAGUUUUCAAGUUCAGAUAUUGAAGGUGCUGCUCCUGGCCUUAUCAUAAGAAAGCGCAAGGAAACGGCAGGGGAAGGUCCUAAUGAGCAGCCAUCAUCAUCAUCAUCAUCAUCUCAAAUUGGACCCAAGUUCAAGGCGGAAGAUGCUGUUGCUCUAUUACUGAAACACGAAAAGGGAUACCAUUUGGAAGAUGAGGAAGCAAAACAAGAAAGCCAACUGAUUUCUGGUGAUAGCCAUGAUAUCAAAAGGUCAAAAAGAACUCUUGGCCCUCAGAAACCAUCUUUUCUUCAGGGAGACUCUGCGAAGGAGCUAUGGGUGCCACCUCAAGGACAAUCUGGUGAUGGACGGACAUCUUUGAAUGAUAGAUAUGGAUACUAAGAGGAACCGAGGAACUGGUGCUGUUUAAAAGUAUACUGGUCGCAUAUUUUACCAAGAGGCCGCAGCUGCAUUCGGCAAGCUGAGGAAGUGACAUCAUCCGAGUUCUGCGAAUAUGGUCGGCAAUGGAAAAGAGAACACAUAAGAGGAACAAGCGCUCCAAGCAUGCUUUCAUUGUCAUAGUUUGUACCAGAACUAGGAGCUUAGCACAAGCCUGUACAGAAAUUUUGUUACUAGUUCUUUGUACCGCCAUCUGAAUAUAUGAGAUAAUGCUGGAAGGGGCCUGGAUAAUAAGAUAUACAACUUCAGUUUGUAAGGUUGGUAGCAGUAAUUAACUAACUGUUACUUCAAAAAUUUCUUUACAAAUUACAAUGUUAUUUGUGACUUCUGUGAGACAAUUAGGGACUCAACCGUUUUGUUUAUAUUCAGGAAAAGGCCUUAGUAUCUUAUCUCCACAUGAAGUUAUUUACAUUGCUGGGACAUAUUCAACCAACCAGAUUAAAACGUGAUGAAUCCUGGAAAGGGUCAGACUUGGCAUACUAUGCACUCCACAUUUGCCUUCCACCAAUGCUUUUCUGAGAUUGCAUUGCAACCGUCUUCACAACACCACAACAGAUAAUCAAACAGUGCCCUCGUUCAGCACAAGCUUUUACUCAGUGGCCUCAGCUGCAACAGA